UUUGCUACUCUAUGCUAAAAAGGGGUCAUUUCGUGUCUCGGUCAGGCACGUUGAUCUCUUGUAAAAUUAGGUUACUUUUUUUUAAACUUAUAUUUCAAAGAUUCGAAAAGUUUUCAUUAUUUGACUUGGCAACUUGACUGCUGAUAUUGGUUCGGUUGACUUGUUGCAAUAAUCGGUCAACCAUGACUAAUAUCUCAAAGCGUAGAAAAUCAUCUGCAAAGUUGAAGACUAUGGGCGAUCACGACGAGUUCCUUAGUCGAAUAACGAAAUCACUUUACUAUUCGAAAUUGCCAAUGACCGACUGCCUCAGCCUCCCUGUGACAGAAUUAGCUGCCGAACUUUUCACGGAAGUGAAAAGUGGUCAGACACUGGAACGCCUCGACGUUGAGGAAGCAAGCCGCAUAUCUCGGAAUGCUUGUGUCUCUCCUUGUUCUCUUGUCUUGGCACUGCUCUACUUGGAACGUCUCAAAGAUUGCAAUCCAGAGUACUUGCAACGUGUGGCCCCAUCUGAAUUAUUCCUUGUUUCUCUGAUGGUUGCCAGUAAAUUUUUACACGAUGACGGGGAAGAGGAUGAAGUGUUCAACACAGAAUGGGCAGAGUCAGCAGGCUUAACAUUAUCUGAAAUAAAUAGUUUGGAAAUGGAUUUUCUUGUCGCAAUUGAUUGGACUAUAUUCGUUUGCAACAACGAUUUCUGGGACCGUUUACAGAGAUUAGAGAGAGACAUAGCUUACAAAGAAGGUCAGAAGAGAGGUUGGUUCUCCUAUACAGACCUUAAUUUUCUCAUGGACUCGACACAGCUGAUGGCAGUGAUUCAGACAGUGAUGAGUGUGUCUUCCAUCUGCCUUGCAACUUACGCUGCAGGGAUAGCAACGCUUUUGGGAUCAGCCUUAGUAGCGAGUCAGAUACCAGGAACGUCUCUGACACCUAGACAACCGGUCGUUUCGUCUAAAAAUACAUUAGAGACAAGCCAACUUCUCGUACCUGAUCCUGGACCCAUUCCAGACGACAUAUCGUCAGUCAAUGUUCUCACGAGCGAAUUUGUAAUAGAUUCUUUGAGCUGCAAUCGGUCCUAUUUAAAUUUUGAGCAAACUGAAAAUAGAAACAGAACGAGCAACGAUAUCGCAGGGUGGGAAUGGUGGCUGAGCUCGCUCAUGACUUGGCUCCCCGAUUACUCAGGUUUAAAGUCAAAGUUAAGUCCAAUCGGCGAGCAAAACAUGGAGGAGCAGACCAGGAAUUUCGUGACAAACACAAAAUCAGUAUUCGAUAUCGGCUCACAUCCUCAAACCAAUCGCCACCAAGUGACUGAAAUUAACUGGAAGGAAACGUUGAGUCUAGAUUUGGAAUUUGAAUUGCAAGAUUGGAGACGUUACGCGGGAUACAUCGCUAAAGUAACACUCGGUCACAGACACUGAUAAGGAGUAUAAUGACUGACGAUUUGUCUACCCAAUCGAAACGGCGAAGAUUUAGUCCAUCGAUAUCUUUAUUAAUUAAUAUAUAGUAGAAAAUUUGUCAAAUAUAUUUUUUGUACUAACUCCUUAACGUGUAAACCUUAGUAUUUCACUGCUAAUCAUCAACAGAGUAAUUUUAUACAAUAAAAUUAACCAUAUCCACGCCGUUA